CUAAUCUGAUGUAAUUUGCUAAUUUUUUUUUGUUAAAUACGUCCAGGCAAAUGUCCCCUUUUCUUCCUUUUCAUAUACGGACAAUUUAUUUCCCGAUCUGCUUGAGGCGGGGCGACAUUUGCAAUUCUUCUCCGAAAAUAAGGGUUUGCUUUUCCGGCCGUUUUACCGUCGUUCGGCUGAGAUGAAGCUUACUGUCAAAACUUUGAAGGGCAGUCACUUUGACAUUACGGUUCAGCCCUCCGACACAAUUAUGGCAGUAAAGAAAAACAUUGAAGAUGCACAGGGAAAAGACAGCUAUCCAUGUGGUCAGCAGUUGCUUAUUCAUAACGGUAAAGUCUUGAAAGAUGAGAGCACACUGACUGAAAACAAUGUUAGUGAAGAUGGAUUUCUUGUUGUCAUGCUUAGCAAGAGCAAAACUGUUGGGUCAAGUGGGACAUCUUGUGCUCAGCCUUCCGCUACUGGUGCUCCAGCUUCUAAUACUACUACAGCACCUGUCGUCCCUCCUUCAGAAGUUGUCCCCAAGAGUGUAAAAUCUGCUUCUGAUGCUGCAACAGCUAGUUAUAGUCAAGCUGCUUCAAAUUUAGUGGCUGGUGGUAAUCUUGAGGAGAUAAUCCAACAACUUAUAGAUGUGGGUGGUGGAAACUGGGACAAGGAAACAGUUACACGAGCACUACGCGCUGCUUACAACAACCCGGAAAGAGCUAUUGACUACUUAUAUUCAGGAAUUCCAGAAACAGCUGAAGUUGCUCUACCAGUGGCUCAGAGUGGUCUUCCUGCCACAGCUCAAGGUGCAGUGAAUGCUAUCCCUGUUAUAGGAGGCCCUAAUGCGUCUCCAUUGAAUAUGUUCCCACAGGAGCAGGUUUCUGGAGCUGCUGUUGCUGGUCUUGGAUCCCUUGAUUUCCUCAGGAAUAGCCAACAGUUCCAAGCAUUGCGUACAAUGGUUCAAUCUAAUCCGCAAAUCCUUCAGCCUAUGCUCCAGGAGCUAGGAAAGCAAAAUCCUAAUCUUUUAAGAACAAUACAGGAGCACCAUCAAGAGUUCCUCCAGUUAAUCAAUGAGCCUGUUGAUGGUCCUGAAGGUGACAUAUUUGAUGAUCAGCCCGAUCAGGAUAUGCCCCAUACUGUCAGUGUUACACCGGCAGAGCAGGAGGCAAUUGGGAGGCUCGAGGGCUUGGGCUUUGAUAGAGCUCUUGUAAUUGAGGCAUUUUUAGCUUGCGACCGCAAUGAAGAGUUGGCAGCAAACUAUCUACUGGAACAUUCAGCUGAUUAUGAGGAUUGAGCGACAAAAUUACUUUGCCACAUUCUUUUGGCAGAUUUUUCUCGCAUGUUCUUAAACCAUGGUGAGUAAAGAGAGAUUUCCUUUUGAUUUAAGAUCUAGAGAUGCUAAUGUUGGUUAAGAGAAUUCCGAUCUUAGAUGUACUUAACUUCCUGCCCAAUGUUUUCGAGAUAUUUACUUUUUCGUUUUUUUGCAACAUUUGGUUCUUGACUUCAUUUGCAACAUGCUUUAUCUUUAGGCAAAUAGAACAGCUCAAAUACGAAUGAGUGUAGCUCAAUGUUUUUUUUUUGAAUUCAAUGUGCACUGCUUCAUAUCUGCAAUGCAUAUUU